UAACGAGACGAAUAUUUGGAAAGUAAAUAGUACAUAUUAUAGUCUGAAAUUUAACAUAACUUCAAUUUCAGUAUCAUUGAAAAUGGCAUUCAAAAUAAACCUGUUAUUUUUCUUCGCUUUCAUUGCGUUUGUGGGGCUCAGCAUGCAACAAGCAACUAAUAAUACAGCAUGCUCAAUGGAAACUUCGUUUGGGGGAUGUGAUGUGGGCGAAGAAAACAACACAACUGCUACUAUAGGACCCAUCACCAUUAGAUAUGGAUUCAAUAAUCUCACAAGAAGCUGUAUUCCCUUCCUGUAUAGUGGCUGUGGAGGUAACGCAAACAAUUUCAGAACUUAUAACGCCUGCAGACAAGCUUGUAUUGGCUGAUCAUAAAACGCUGAGGAUACCAAUAGACCAAGACAAUAGAAUAGAUGACUAAUUUUAUUAUAACUUUCGUAAGACCACUUAACUUACUUUUGUGUCCGUGAGAAAAUAAAAAAAAAUACGUGUCUAAUGUUUUAAAGUAAUCUACAAGACGGACAUUAAAAGAAAAAUUAGUCAUCUAAAUUAAUUAUUAUAUGUUAUCGUCUUACUCACGUAACUGUUUGACGAGGAACUCGAGUAGUUUCAAGCCAUGCUUGAGGCUCAUAUUCAUGAGCAGCAUUCCGCGACAAUCGCCAUCAAUAUGAGCCACUAGCAUGGCUUAAAAUAAAAUAUAAUAAUUAAUUUAGCUGACUAAUUUUUAUUUUAAUGUCCGUCUUGUAGAUUAUUUUAAAACAUUAGACACGUAUUUUUUAUUUUCUCACGGAAACAAUACUUUCGAAGAUAUAUUGAAUUGAAAUAUCGCGUGACGUCAGUUUUUUAGUACGUUUUAUCCGUAGAAAUUUGAAACGUAAUGUCUAGAUGCGUUUUAUACCUUGAAAUGACGUAUGUGCUCCCACUCCUAAACUUUGAUUCGUUUCAUCUAAGUAUUGUUAUCUUAUAUGACAAAAUAAAAAAUACCUACGUGUCUAAUAUUUUUUUUCAUUACCUAACUGACGGACUAAAUACAUUUUAACCGACUUCAAAAAACCGACCGUAUUUUUUUUUUUAUGUAGUUUAGUCGAUAUCUCCGGCAGUUAUAGACCGAUUUGAGAAAUUAUUUUUGUGUUUGAAAGAGUACGAUGUCAGUGUGGACCCAUAUAUUUUUUUUAAAGUCUGAUUAAUUUUCAUACCCCGUCAUCAUCCCUAUUGGCAUACUAUGGAGUUAGUAUAUUGUAAAUUCUUUCAUUCAUAUAAAAUUAAAUUGUUAACGUUAUAGACUCAUAAGAGCAUCUUUUUUUAACAUUUUAUUGUUCUUUUAAUGAAAUUAAAGUGAAUGCAUCUAAUA